GUAGAGUGUGACGCACGUGAUGCGUCAUGGAUGUAGAGUGAGACGCACACGGUGCGUCACUGAGAGAAGUACUAAAUACGUAAGUUGAUACAUAGGUACUAAACAUUCGAAGCAAUGUUAUUCGGGGUUUUUUAAAUUUUGUGAUUACGUCACGAAGGUUCAUCGACGCAAAAAUAGAAACGUCCUUCUUUCCUCUAACCUAGAAAACAAUAGUAGAACGUGACAAACGGUGCUAGUUUCGUGUCUUUAAAUAUAGAAGAAAAUGUGAAUUACAGGAAAAGCGAAUAUACGUAAAUCACGUGUAACGGGGAAAGAAAGUGUCGAGUAUUUCCUAUUUCAGUAAAUUUAUUCGUCCCGUAUUAAUUUUCACGUGAUUCGAUCGUCGAUUAAUUUCCUCGUGAAAUGCGUAACUUUGUUUCCUCGUGAAAGUACACUUUCGAACACGAUAUCAAAACCAGUUAACGCGGAGACCUUGAACCGGCUGCGCGAUAAGAUUCUGAAGAUGUACAAAAAACUAUGAAAUCUACACAUAUUUUACAACUACACUUGUACGUUUAUAGCCGGGCGUAUUUAGCAUGAUUCUCACUGGCAAUCCUGGGAAUUUUUAAUAAGAACAAUUUGAAAUUUAACUAUGCAAUAAUGUGUAAUGAUAUGUUGGAGUUACGCGUUCACGAUAUUUUGAACGGUUUGAAACUCCCGCUUGAUUGACGUCAGUCAGUGCAGCCAAUAUAUUUUUUGCGGAGUCUGUGCCUCUAGUAGUGGUCGCAAAGCUGGUGCAACACGUUCUAUCGAUGUGGCGAAAAUAGGAGCGUGAUCCAUAGAUCACUUGGUGACUUCAUUGAUACAUAAGUUAAUCGAAUAGUACUCCGGAUCGAAAGUUAAUUAUUCAGGUAGGAAGAGACCGAAGCGCUUGUCGUUAAUAGAUAACUGGCUACAAAGUAAUAGCGUAGAACACGGCCCAGGUUCCACGAGUUAAUGACGCGCCAAGUUCAAAUCUGAACACGCGCUCGAUCGAUACAAUCGAACCUCACGAAUACGAUAAUUGGAAAUAAAAUCAACUUCAAACGGCAAUGAACCUGUGAAAGGUUAAGGAUUCGAUUUUCUACGAUUCGGCACAAGAAUUCAGCUUUCUGACCACAAUAACGUAAGAAAAGCCAGUAUCAAAGAUGUACGAACGUUUCUUGAACUCCUCUCGAAGCUCCUUGAGGCUUCUGAAAAAUACGACGAAAUGCAGCUUCGUAACGACAAGAAGGUUGCUUUCUAAGAAAAGCGAUACCGAGAUGGUAGUACCCAAAGACGAUGUGGUCAGAUUCAUCUGCGAAUGUCUGUGCAAAGUUGGAGCAUCAGCCGAAUCUGGAAAGAUCGUUGGACAUCAUCUAAUGACGUCCGACUACCGUGGCCAUUUUAGCCACGGACUGAACAGAGUGCCAAUGUACGUAAAGGAUAUUCAGAACAAGAUCACUGAUCCCAUCGCAAAGCCAGAGAUCGUUACUGACUUUCAGGCGAUAGCGCUGGUGAGCGGGAACAACGGUCUGGGCCAGGUGAUCGGUAAAUUCUGUAUGGAACUCGCCAUAGAUAAGGCGAAGGAGUUCGGAAUCGGCAUGGUGUCCGCUCGUAACUCGAAUCAUUACGGAAUCUGUGGUUACUACACUUUGAUGGCGAUCAAAGAAAACCUGAUAGGCUUCAGCUGCACCAACACCAGUCCCCUGAUGGCUCCGACUCGUAGUAAAAAAGCAGCGUUGGGCACGAAUCCUCUGAGUCUGGGAAUGCCUGCGGAGGACGGCGAUUACUUCAACCUGGACAUGGCCACCACAGCCGUGGCUCUGGGCAAAAUCGAGAUCGCGCUCAGGAAGAAGGAACCGAUACCCGAAGGAUGGGCGCUCGACAACGACGGAAAGAUCACCACGGAUCCCGAAAAAGCUUACGAUGCCACGGUUCUGAUGCCUCUCGGGGGCGAAGAAAGAAAUUCGGGGUACAAAGGAUAUGGACUGGCCACGAUGGUCGAAGUACUUUCCGGUAUUUUAUCCGGAAGCCACUUUGGACCCAACAUUAGACAGUGGAAGGGUAGCAAGGAGAUCGCUGAUCUCGGACAUUGUUUCAUGGCCAUUAAUCCGGAAGCUUUCUGUUGCGGAUCAAAGGAGAGGCUGUCCAAGUUGAUGAAACAAUUGAGAGAACUACCUACUAUUGGUGAUAAGACUGUCAUGGUCGCUGGAGACCCAGAAAGAGCAGCCAUGGCGCGCGUGGAAAGAGAAGGUGGCAUCGCGUAUCAUCCUAAUCAGUUGAAAGCGUCGGAAGAGCUCGCUGAAUCAAUAGGAGUCGAACCUAUGAAACUCGUGGCAAAAAAGACCUCGUAGGACCAGGGAGUUUCAUUUUCAAAGAUCUCUUUUUACACAAUUUUCAUGUGGACCGUUUGUGUUCUGCAGGAUUAUGUAUUACUUCGAGACAGUAUAAAGAUUUUAUCCGGCAAGGUUCGAUCUGAGUAUGAGAUCGAAUUCAUGGGAUUCUGUGAUAAUUCAUGGAGAUCGAAGCAUUUUAUUAUAAAUCCACAUUAUACUUUUUGUUAUUUCGAAAGAGAAUUUACAUAUUUUAUACGAAUUAUAUACAGCAUACAAAAGUC